AUGUCGGCACCUCAGGAUUCUAUUCCCGGCAACGGAAGCGACAUUCUCGAUCAGAUGGAUCAGCUUAGAAUGGAUGACCGCCUUGGCCCUGAUGGCGAACCCGCCCCUAAGACGGACGAGGAGUAUGCCCAGGCCCAGCUGACCCUUCGUGCGAUUGUCUCUUCCAAGGAAGCAGGUGUCAUUAUUGGCAAAGGCGGCAAGAACGUUGCCGAUCUCAGAGACGAGACUGGCGUCAAGGCCGGCGUCAGCAAAGUUGUACAGGGUGUUCAUGACCGUGUUCUGACCAUCACCGGCGGUUGCGACGCUAUUUCUCGAGCCUAUGCGAUUGUCGCUCGCGCUCUGCUCGAAGGUGCCCCCGCUAUGGGUAUGGGAGGUGUGGUUCAAAGCAACGGUACCCAUCCAAUUAAGCUCCUCAUUUCACACAACCAGAUGGGAACCAUCAUUGGAAGACAAGGUCUUAAGAUCAAGCACAUCCAGGAUGCUUCUGGUGUCCGUAUGGUUGCCCAGAAGGAGAUGCUCCCUCAAUCCACUGAGAGAAUAGUCGAAGUUCAGGGCACUCCCGAGGGUAUUCAGCGCGCUAUCUGGGAAAUUUGCAAGUGCUUGGUCGAUGAUUGGCAACGAGGCACUGGCACCGUCCUCUACAACCCUGUGGUCCGUACUCAGCCAUCUGGCAGCGGAAACGCCAGCGGUGGUGCUGGAUUCAGCCAAGGCUCCGGUAGAAGCGAUUAUGGUGGCAGCCCUCGUGUCAUGCGAACAGGCAACGGCGCCGAUUUCAGCAACGGUAGCUCGAGGCCGUACAACCGCCGUUCCGACUCUGACGCAGCCCUUCGCGGCCCGCCAACACACGAUGAAAAUGGUGAGGAGAUCCAGACUCAAAACAUCAGCAUCCCCGCGGACAUGGUUGGCUGCAUCAUCGGUCGUGCCGGUAGCAAGAUUAGCGAGAUCCGAAAGACAUCUGGCGCCCGUAUCUCUAUUGCCAAGGCACCUCACGAUGAGACUGGCGAGCGCAUGUUCACCAUCAUGGGCACCGCCAAGGCCAACGAAUCGGCGCUAUUCCUUCUGUACGAGAAUUUGGAGGCGGAGAAGAUGCGCCGAAGUCAGCUCCAGGAGCCCGAGUAG